GCUUGGCCCCUCCCACUCCAGCCAGGCAUUACAGACUGCCGGUCCUCCACACAUAGCAACGCCGCCUCGGCAACAGAGCCCCGGCAACGAGCUCCACGGCAACAGUGCCGUGCUCCGCGAUGGAGCUGCCAUUGGGCGGACCCUCGCUGAGGCACUACACCCAGAGCCGACCCAGACCCCACCGGCAGAAGCCAAACCACCGGCCCGCCCGACAGCAGGAGCCGAUCCUAGAGAGUGAGAACGAGGGCCUGGACCACAUGGGGAGGGUGGAUGAAGGGGUGGAGGAGUUCUUCACCAAGCGGGUUCUGCCCGCUGACUCUCUGAAAAUCGACGAUGAGAUCUCGCCGGCGAUCGUUCCAGAGUCGCUCUCCGCCAGCACGGCCUCGUGCCCCCCCCCCACCCGAACCCUGAGGAGGAAGCUUGGGGACUUCUUCACCCUGAGGAAGAGGCGCGGCCUGAAGACAGAGCCCAGCCAGGAGGGCCGCUCCAAGAAGGCGUCCAUCGCCGACCUCAUCCGGCCGCUCCGAGAGGCGGCGCGGGCCGACAAGAGCAAGAAGGAGCAGGACAGAGACCACGACAAGGAGAACGACAAGGAGAGGCAGAAGGACAAGGCGGACGGGGCCGGAGACAAGGUGGUGGAGGAGGCCCCUGUGGCCCUGCGGAGCGACGCAGCGCCCCCCCGACGCGCCCUCAGAGAGGGGAAGUCCCAGUCGCUUAUCCUGCUGUCGGGAUCGGCAGCGCCGGGGACUGGAAGCACCAGACAAGCCAAGAAAAGCCUCGAUGGUCAGCACAGCUUUGAACAGAAACUGAGUCUCAUGCUGCAACGCAUCGGAGUGACCAAAUCCCAGCCAGCAGAGGAACAGAGUCCGGAGGGAGAGAUGAAGAAGGCCGACUCUGAAGGAACUAUAAUUGACAACAAACCCGAGCCCCCGCCCACUGCCUCCAAACCCCGGACCAUGUCCACCUCCUCAGACACCAGGCAUCAGAUCCGUCAGAGCGCGUCGGCGCACGAGGCGGCGGGGAAGCCGGCGCUGCCCCCCAAACCGACCCUCCGGACUGCGGCCCCCCCGGCGCCGCCGUCCGGCCGCAGCACCCCGGAGAACGAGCUCGCCCACAUAAAGGAGGCUGACGCCCGUCCCCCAGACCCCCCCGUCUCCACCGCCGUCUCCGCCCCCGUAGACCCCCCAACCCCCACCGCCCCGGCCGCGGCCAUCGCUCCCUCCGAUACUCUGGAGCUACGUCAGAUAGAGGCCACGAUUCCGAUAGAGGCCACACCUCCGAUAGAGGCCACACCUCAGAUAGAGCUCAUCGCUCCGGUAGAGGCUACUCAUCCAAUAGAGGCCAGCCCUCUAAAAGAGGCCACAGCUCCAAAAGAGGCUACUCCUCCGAGAGAGGCCACGCCUCCGGUAGAGGCCACACCUCCGAUAGAGGCCAUGCCUCCGGUAGAGGCCACACCUCCGGUAGAGGCCACACCUCUGAUAGAGGCCACACCUCUGAUAGAGGCCACGCCUCUGAUAGAGGCCACGCCUUCGGUAGAGGUCACAGCUCCAGUAGAGGCCAAGCAUCCUAUAGAGGCCACACCUCCAAAAGAGGCCCCGCCUCCAAUAGAGGACACUCCUCCGAUAGAGGCCUCGCCCCCGGGGCUCCUUGAUGGCAGCGCUGUGGUCGCUACACCGGGUGUCCGACCCCAGCGGCUCUACAGAGCCAUCAUCACUGGCCCCUAUGCCAAGCGCUGCGGCCCCGGGCUCCUCCACUCCUCCACCCCCUCCCACCACCGUUGCCAUGCCCAUUAG